UGGUAACCAAUCGUUAAACGUUUGGGCGCGCGGGGGCGGGGUCAUUGCAGUGGGGGUAGGGCUACACGGAGGAAGCCAAGCCGCUCGUGAAGCGACACCAAGCAAAACAAAAGCGAUCAAACGAAACAUUUAAGGAUUAAAUUUAGCAGCUGGUUUGGUGGUGAUGUCGGGUUUUCCGUCUUCUUCCUCCAAGAGUUUAACUUCAACUCCCCUCAAAUCCAAACUAAGCGUCCUGCAGCGCAGCAGGAGUGUUGAAUCCACCGGUGACUCCACCUCUUCUCUCCUGUCACCCAUCUAUCAUGACAGCUUUGAGUUAUCUGAUGAAGACCUGGACUGCGAUCAGGUUCAGCCCGCUCACAACAUCACUGUCACUUUAAGUGAAGACCUCGCACCAGGAGAGGGAUCCAGGGAUGGAGUGAAUACAACAAAUCCUACAGAGAGAUCUUCUGCUGUUGAGUUAAAACUGAAUGCCUGGGAGCAGUGGAUCAUUGAUAAAGCCCGAGAGGAACGUGAGAGGAAACUACAGAAAGCUCUGGAGGAUCUCACACUGAAGGAAAAGCAGGAACAGGAGAAGAAAGAUCAGCUGAAGAAGAAAGUCGCCAGUGAUUGUAAAAUUCAAGAAUGGAUGCAGAUGAAACGAGAGCAGGAAAAUAAGGAAAGGAUUUCCAAGGAGUUGCAGAAGAGCAAAGAACAACUUCUAGAGGAAAAAAGACGUGCAGAGAUUGAAAUCAAAGCACGGGAGAAAUAUAAAGAGUGGCUGAGAAAGAAGAAACAGGAGGAGAUGGAGAAGAAACUCAAGGAGAAGGAGGAGAUGGCCAGGAGAGAAAUGGAAGAGAGGGAACGUAAAGAGAAGGCGGAGGAGAGCUUUAAGGAAUGGCUGGAGGUAGUAAAAACUAAAGGAAAAGUGAAGCGACCGUCUUCAGCAUGCUCAGCAAGCAAAUAUAACAACGUGAAUUAUCCAUCGCCGAGCUUCGUAAAUCCCAUUCCGUGGAAGCCCAUUCACAUUCCACCUCAGGACAGAACACCUAAGAAGAGUUUGAGGAGUAAAAAAACUCCUGGACCUCCAAAAAGCCAGUCCACCCCGUGUCUCUCCUACAGACCUAAAGACACCAUCAGUUUUGCUUGCAAAAGACGGUGAUGCUGGCAUCUACUGGUCUGAGAUCAGUAUUACAUCUUUUAAAAGAUUGAUGUACAAAUAGCUUAUUCAGAAAUCAGUUAUCAGAAAUUAUAUCAGACUUAAGUUUUUUGAUGAUGUUUUUUUUUAGAUAUUUAUAAAACUGUAUUAGAAAACGAAAUCAGUUUAUAAUUUUGUUUAAUCCACCCAGAGGCUGAUUUGUACACUGCAAAAAAUGAUUUUCAAGAAAAAAAUUCUUAGUAUUUUUGUCUUGUUUUGAGUAAAAAUAUCUAAAAAUUCUUAAAUUAAGAUGCUUUUUCUUGAUGAGCAAAACGACCCAAGAAAAUAAGUCUAGUUUUAGACCAAAAAUAUUAAAUUAAAGUGAAAAUCUGCAACUGGGGUAAGCACAUUUUUCUUAAAUUUUUCUUAAAUUUAGUGUUCAAGAAAAAUGUUCAAGAUUAUUUUGCUUACCCCAUUGGCAGAUUUUUUUUUUUUGUUUUAUGCACAAAAUCAUUUAAAUUUGAUAUUUUUGGUCUAAAAAGUAGACUUAAUUUCUUGGGUCGUUUUGCCCAUUAAGAAAAAAAAUCAUAUUCAUUUAAGAAUUUUUAGAUAUUUUUACUGAAAACAAGACAAAAAUAUACUAAGAUUUUUUUUCUUCAAAAUCAUUUUUUGCAGUGUAAAUCUGCAGGUUUGUUGUUUCUAAUAGAUCUCAUUGUUUGGGCCUCUGAUAAAUCACUACAUAUUUUGGUAAGAUUAUGUUGACCUUUUUUAGCUACAGUAUGUAUGAAUUUGAAACUAAGGACAUUUUGGUUGAAUGUAUUGUAAACUAGGACUUGAACUGUAUAGUUUUGUAUGUAUAGUUUUCCUCAUUCAAUAAAAUAUAUUUGAUAAUAUUGUUGAA